AUGGCCUCUACACAUUCUCACAUCACUCACCCAAUUUGCUGCAGCUUUUGCCUUCGCCUCCCGUCAGUUCCACUACGUGCCUGAGGAGAAGACGUGGUCUGAGGCGCAGGCCUACUGCCGAGAAAAGUACAUGGACCUGGCUACCGUUACUGACAGUAACGACGUGAAGAGCCUGAACAACCUCGGUUUAGCCCACCACAUUAACAACACCGUCUGGAUUGGACUUUACAACAAUGUCCAUGACUGGGCCAGUGAAAUUGUAAACCUCUCUACACCUGAGAAAACAAGUGUCUGCAUAUAUAAUGGAAAAUGGAGAUCUGUGGGAAGUUCUUCCGAUCUUAUGAGCUAUGUCUGUCGUAAUGAGAGUCAAACUGAAAAUCAUGGCUUCAACAUCAACAAGAUACCGCCAGCAAAUUGGACUGAAGCACAACGUCUCUGCCAGUUGAGUCACAUGCGCCUAGCAACAAUGAAGAACCAGGCUGAGAUAGCCUACCUGGGGAAUACCCUGGGAAGGGUGUCUGUGUGGGUAGACCCAUACGGAGAGGGCUGGAGCUGGUCGGAUAGCACCAAAGUCUCCUUCAUCAACUGGCUGGACAACCAUGAGCAGUUCCUGAGGUCGGAGAAGAGGUGUGCUGUGUCUCUGCAGACUGCUACUGGCCGGGGCCGGGGGGGAUGGGUGACCAAGAACUGCACCGAGAAGUUUCCUUUCGUCUGCAACCACAUGUACAAGUCGGUAACGAGGAUGCAGGACGUGCGAGUGGAGCUCGAUGUGGAUUCUGGCCUGGACAUUAACUCCGAAGAAGUUCAGCAAGCCCUUCUCAAUCAGAUUAAGAAGCGAAUGGAGGCGAACGGGCUGCCGGCAGGUGUCAAACUGAGCUGGAGGAAGCAGAAAGAUGGACAGGUGUUCCACAAGAAGAAGGCAGAGAAGAGAGGCAGCGCAGCGAGGAAGAAGAAAGAUGAGUUUUGAACAGCUGAGCAAGUGGGAGAGGGUUGUCGUAGCCUAAAAGAGAUGCGUAGAACCCACUUCAAAAGAAAAGUGAUGUAGCAUGCUGACGAAAUCUUUUUUGAAAAUAAUGGUUUAACUCAACCGUUUCAUGUGUGUUCAUAAAUAAUGCCACUGUGAAAUCACAUAAGUAUGCAUAUCCCACCUCUCUGAGGCCAGUUGCAGGACAAAGGCGCAUCUGAUAGUGGAAAGAGUUGAAAUCCGCACACUGUAGCUCCGCUUUUGAAAAUGUAUUCAGGUCAUACAAAGUUUGGACCCAACAGGGUCUUCAUCAGGUCUGACCUGAAUACAUUUUCAAAGCGGAGCUAUGUGGGUUUCUACUCUUUCCUCUGUUAAAUCAACCAAGUAAUUUCUUCACCCUAAAAUAAGAGUGUCUUCAUCCUUGUGUAAACACGUUUCUCUACUUUGACUGAAAUAGUAGCCUAUGUCAGUGUCACAGAACUUACUUUUUAUGUCAUGACAUCCACAGAGCCCUGGUGUAAAAUGAUACUGUAUUACAUAAUUACUUUAUGCAUUAAGAUUUUUUCACCAAGACAAAAAUGUGUCUUGUUCUAUGUUUGGCUUAUGAUUUAUCUUUCAAAUCACCUUAUCAUAUUAUGUACAGACACUGUGAGCGACUACAUCAGCUGGCACAAUAGAGCAAAUAAAGCACUUUGAACGUUGGAUAUACAAAAAAAUAAAAACCACGAUUUGAUUAA